UUUCGUAUCUUGCCAAGACUGCUCUGUGGGGGACGGGUUGUGUGAAAAGAGGGGCAAUUUCAAUUUGAAUGACUCUGCCUUUCAAACUUCUUAUUAGUUAUCAUUACGUCCAAAUCAAAACCAGAAACCUAAUAAUAGAGUUUCCUUUCUUUGUUUAAGGACCAUUAUUAUUAUUAUGAUUUAUGGUGGGGUUUGGUUGUCUUUCCACUUUUUCUGUCCUCUUUCAUGGCGAAGAUGAGUGGUGGUUGUCUUUGCGUUUUUUUCUUUCCUCUUUCAUGGUGAAGAUCGGUUCGGUUGCCCGGAAAUUGAUCGGUUCAAACAAGAAACUGCGGUGACGCGGCCCGAUUUAAGGGAGGAGGAGAGUCGAUAAGAGCAAGCCAUUUGGCAGAACCCCGUCACGGUUUCCUGCUCUCUGUUGUUUGUCAUAUGUGACUGAUCGUAGACACAGCAGCGAAUAUUGUUUGACUUCGUUACAAAUAAAGAGAACUUCGCACAGAUAGAGAGAGAGAGAGAGAGAGAGAGAGAGAGAGAGAGAGAGAGUUGUCGGUAAAAGAGGACCGGCGGAAGUAAAGUAGAGAGGGAGGAGAGAUGGGGAACUGUUUUUCUGAUGUGAAGGGUGGGCAACAGGCAGUCGGGGGGCCCCAGCGGAGCAGCCACCGAACCGCAAUUAGCGGCAAUGCCGGCGGCAAUGACGCCGCCCAUCUUUUCUUUCGGUCGAAGGGCCUUCACUCCCUUUAUGCCCAAAUUGAGUUAUCUUUAUCAGCUUCGAAAUUACUUGACCGUGAUAUAGCUUCCAAGAGCGAUCCUAUGGCUGUAGUCUAUAUGAAAAACAGAGAUGGAACUCUGGAGGAACUUGGUCGCACAGAAGUAAUAAUGAACUGUUUGGAGCCUGAAUGGAUUGAGAAAAUUAAUGUUACUUAUCAGUUUGAAAUCGUUCAGCCGUUGGUCUUUCACAUAUAUGAUGUUGAUACAAGAUACCACAAUUUACCUGUCAAGAUGCUGAAGUUGAAAGAUCAAGAAUUUCUUGGUGAGGCUAAUUGCGUCCUCUCGGAGAUAGUGACUAAACAAAGUCCAAAUUUAACCCUACAUCUUCAGAAUAAAAAUGGGCGAAGUGGGCUAAAAAAUUUGGGGACCCUUUCUGUACAUGCAGAGGAAACUGUUGCUUCAAGGAUUGCAUUUGAGAUCACAUUUCGCUGUUCGCAGUUGGUGAACAAGGAUUUACUUUCCAAAAGUGAUCCUUUCUUAAGAAUAUCGAGGCUUGUUGAGAAUGGAGGUUCUGUUCCAAUUUGCAAGACAGAAGUAUUGAACAACAACUUGAAUCCAAUUUGGAAGCCGCUAUCUCUAACUAUGCAGCAACUUGGAAGCAAGGAUAACCCAUUAGUUAUUGAGUGUUUCGAUUUCAACAACAGUGGUAAUCAUGGACUUAUUGGUAAGGUUCAGAAAUCAAUUGUGGAUCUAGAAAAACUUCACAAAGAAAAGACUGGUGCAAAUUUUAUCUUGCCAUCUUCUCGUCACCAUGGUCAUGAGAAGGUUCUGAAGAGUCAACUGUUUGUGGAUGGAUUUCGUGAGAAGAAAGUGUACAGUUUCCUUGAUUAUGUUUCUAGUGGAUUUGAGCUGAACUUUAUGGUAGCUGUUGAUUUCACUGCUUCAAAUGGAAAUCCUCGAAGUCCAGAUUCCUUGCACUACAUUGAUCCUGCAGGGCGGUUGAAUGCUUACCAGCAGGCUAUAAUGGAGGUAGGGGAGGUCCUACAGUUUUAUGACUCUGAUAGACGCUUUCCUGCUUGGGGAUUUGGUGGGAAGACAUAUGAUGGUUCAGUAUCUCAUUGCUUUAACUUGAAUGGAAGUGCAAGUGACUCCGAGGUUGAAGGAAUAGAAGGCAUCAUGGCUGCUUAUUCCAGUGCUUUGUACAAUAUCUCACUUUCUGGGCCCACUUUAUUUGGUCAAGUGAUCAACAAAGCUGCAGAAAUUGCAACUCAUUCCCUCUCUCACAAUAUCAGCAAGUAUUUUGUCUUGCUUAUUAUAACGGAUGGAGUCCUUACUGAUCUCCAGGAAACUAAAAAUGCUUUAGUUAGGGCAUCUGAUCUACCCCUUUCGGUUCUUAUUGUAGGAGUUGGCAAUGCAGAUUUUAAACAAAUGGAGAUCCUUGAUGCGGACAAUGGACAAAGAUUGGAGAGUUCAACAGGACGGAUAGCUACAAGAGACAUUGUGCAGUUUGUUCCAUUGCGUGAAAUAUAUGGUGGGCAGAUAUCCGUUGUUCAGAGUCUAUUGGAAGAGCUACCUGGUCAGUUCUUGACUUACAUGAGCAGCAGAGACAUCAUACCACAUUCUGCCAAUGCCCCUCCUGCUCAUGACCAUCGUCCAUACGGGGUCUAAACCUUUAUAUUAGGAACAUCAUAAAUUGGAGGCUAAAAGUGGCUUUUGCUUGUUUGGUUAUGAUUUUCAUUUCUGAUUUUCUGUGCUUUUACAAAACUGGUUUACCAAAUGCAUUUUCUUGAACUUGUGUAGUUUUGAAACUAAAACCAUAACCAAAUGAGCCGUGAAUGCCUCUUGUGUGAUGACUUCACUUUUGUGUGUAUAUGAAUGAAAGUGAAGGAGUAGGAAAGAAUUGUUCAUGGUUGCAUGGGACUGUAGAUUGGGGAACAUCUGUGAAGUACUUUAAUCCCAAUAGAUGCUACUUCUUGUAUGUAGACAAA